CGGUCACGUCAUUUGACUUCCAUCAGCAGCGUGAAGCGCUCCGGGCUCUGUUUAGUCUCCUCGGUAAAAGUGCCGAAAUUCGUGGAAAUUUGUUGCUAAUCCGUUCGGUGGAAUCGUAAAAAGUGAGUAAAAGUGUUCUUUUCUUGCACGAAAGUGAAGUUUUCCUCUUUUGAAUGGUUCAAGUAGGUGAAAAUGGACUGAAUCGAUCGGCUUGGGCGUUGACCAGUGAUGUCAUUGCUGCCCGGUGUGUGGUGCGAUAAGUAAUAAAAAAUCGGUGCUAUUGAGUGAAAAGAGUCGGUGAAUGUGUUUUUUUUCCGGAAAAUUAUCGGAAAUUUUACUAUAAAAGUGCGAAAAUUUAGUUUUUUUGCUACCAUAUGCAUUUGAUAUUACGACGCCAUUUUGUUUGCGGAUCAAUCAAAUUUUCCGGCGCUUCACAAGCUACCUGCUGAGAUCUUAAUUCAUUAGUUGAGUGGUAAUAUGAACAGUGAGUGAGUGUCGUGAGUAGAAGUGUCAAAAUACGUUCACGGAUCGCCAUCUCACGGAGGUGAUCGGUUUUGAUAGUGUUGGUGUGAUGAUCUGUUUAUGAGCUGACAAGGGGUCUAAAGAUUUGUAGUUCCUUAAGAAGCUCAAUUGGUUCUUGCACAGACCAAGCUAAAGCUGGCCAUAUUUGAUGAGGACAGCCGAUGAGUAGCAAUCGGUCAAGCGAUAGAGAUCGUAUUACUGUGAAGAUACGUAACAUGAAACGUAGCGCAUCGCGCGACUCCCCAGCAAGAUCUAAGAGGCGCGGAAGUAUUGGCCGUUACGAAGGUGGUAGCUCAGACGAACGCGUUACACCCGACAGGAUGAGACGACGCGUAGCGCGAUCCCCCAGUCCACGAGGCGGAAGCACCCGGUAUGCUUCUCCACACCGCGAAGAAUAUUCUUCCCGAGGAGGGCGCGAAAGUGGAAGUGAACGGUAUUCGUACAAGGUAUUGUGCGUUAGUGCUCUGCAUCCCAAGGCAUCUGACGAAUAUAUUAAAGAAACAUUAUAUCGCGAGUACAAGAAAUUUGGAGAUUUUAGCAUUCGCAUUUCGCAUGAUUUGGACGAACGCGUAGCAUAUGUUUGCUUCCGUACGUCGGAAGAUGCCCGGGAAGCGAAGCACGCCAAGUCCCGAAUUUCUUUGUACGAAAAGGCGGCACUUGUUGAGCCUGUUUAUGAAUCGGCCAAAUCCGAAUCGUAUCGUAGACCACGUUCUUCCUCGCCGCAGGAUUAUGACCGACAUUACUACGCCCGUUCGCCUGGAGUCCCACCGCCGGAUCGUCGUCGCCCAGAGCAUCAUCCAUACGAUGGAUACGGACCACCGCCCGGUCGUAUGCACCAUCCGGACUUCCGCCCACCAAUGCACCAUGAAUACAUGCCUCGUGGACCACCGAUGCAUCAUCAUGGACCGCCGGGACACAUGCAUCCUGGUCCACCCCAUCAUCACUAUAUGCCACGUCCCUAUCUUCCACGUCCAAGGGCACCCUUUGAGAAAAACAACGAUAACAAGAAGGACAAGUUUCCCAACUAUUUACACCACAUUCAACCGGAAGAUGAUCCUUUAGCCACCAGGACAUUGUUCGCUGGUAAUUUAGAAAUCAAUAUCUCCGACGAUGAAUUGCGUCGUAUUUUCGGCAAGUACGGUAUCGUUGAGGACAUCGACAUUAAGCGUCCGCCUCCCGGAACUGGAAACGCCUUUGCUUUCGUACGUUAUCAAACUUUGGACAUGGCUCAUCGAGCUAAGGUUGAACUGUCGGGACAGUACAUCGGCAAGUUCCAGUGUAAGAUAGGAUACGGUAAAGCUACACCAACGACCCGAAUUUGGGUCGGAGGACUUGGCGCGUGGACAUCCGUAACCCAGUUGGAACGCGAAUUUGAUCGUUUUGGAGCUAUCAAGAAGAUCGAAUAUAACAAAGGAGACACCCAGGCUUUUAUUCUGUACGAUUCCAUCGAUGCCGCUACGGCUGCAGUUAAGGAAAUGCGAGGAUUCCCGUUGGGCGCCCCGGAUCGUCGCAUUCGAAUCGAUUUUGCUGAUAACGGAACAACGCCGCCUUUCCCUAAGCGUGGAGGUUUCGACGAAGGCGGCGAAUAUCGCCGCGGCCCAGACUAUGAAUAUCCGGAGGGUUCCUAUGAGGAAAAUUCGUCGUACGGCUAUGGCGGAAGGCCUUUCCGUGGCCGAGGAGGUUUCCGUGGACGUGGAGGUUUCCGUGGAGGAUUCAAUCGUGAUGGUCCACCACACCAUGGAGAUGGAGAUGAUUGGCGUCGGUCCGGAGCUGAUGGCGACUAUGAUUCGCGUCGUCGUUCGGGAUCACGCGAACCCGGAAUUGACCGAUCUCGCUCUCGUUCGCCUCGGCGUCGUAGCCCGGCUGAUUCCGAUUCCGAUUCGUCUACUCGCCGUAAUGGCAUGUUAUCAAACGCCAGAACACUGCCAGAAGUUGCACGUAAAUCUUCAACCGUUUGGCAAGGUGCAUUAAUUUUGAAGAGUUCGUUGUUCCCUGCCAAGUUGCACUUGACCGACGGUGACAACGAUAUAGUGGACGGUUUGAUGAAGGACGAAGAAGGCAAACAUCACCUUCGCAUUACCCAGCGACUCCGUCUGGAUCAGCCCAAGCUGGAGGAUGUGCAGAAACGCAUAUCCACCUCUUCAUCGCAUGCUAUCUUCCUCGGUCUGCCGGGAUCCACUUCGUCAGUGGCAUCGUCCGAUGACGCCAGUGUUCAGACGCGCCCCCUGCGCAAUCUGGUGUCUUAUCUGAAGCAAAAGGAAGCCGCCGGCGUGAUUUCCUUGCUCAAUAAGGAAACCGAAGCAACCGGCGUGCUCUACUCAUUCCCACCGUGCGAUUUUUCAACGGAACUGUUGAAGCGUACAUGUCACAAUUUGACCGAAGAAGGCCUGAAGGAGGAUCACCUGGUUAUCGUGGUGGUUCGAGGAGGAACUGCCUGAGUGGAUGAAGAUGGCACCGGUAGUACGUAAGGUGAAUAUAAUUAUUCUUAAGCUAAACUGUUCACAUAACCCCCCAACCAACCGACGCGCGCGCAAGACCCAAUCAAUCAAUCAUCAUUAAAACACACUCAUCAUACUCGAUAUACCACCAUCAGUCAGAUUGAUAAUACAACACCGAAGAAAGAAAGAAAUUUCGAGUGAAACGAGGAUCCGGGUGGUACCGCAAAUCCGAAACUGUGUCCGUUUUGAGACCCCGGCGUCGUGGAAGUGCGGUGAUGGUGAUGAUGAUGAUGAUUAUGAUGAUGAUGAUGAUAGUGCAAAACAGGUGAUGAUAUCGGACCGAGAGUGUGAGUGGUGGUGGUGAUGGGCAGAAACGAUGACGUGCGCGCGCUAUUUUGAGACACCGGAACCGAAGAACCGAACCGCCGUGGAGUGGAGUGGAGAUUAUGUGCAUCAGGCGAUGAUGGUGAUGAUCAAGUGGAAGUGUAACAGCUAACGGUUGUUUCAAGAUUUUAGUACACAGAUGAAGAGAUGUAUGCUUUAAGAUGAUUUGUAUUUCACCAGCACCGAGAAGAAGAAGAACAAAAGGCAUCUUCCCCACAGAAAGACUCAGUCUGCGAAAUGUAUAAUUAGUUCACAUACAUUGCAAUAUUUGUCACACACAGAGCAUUCUUCUCUGUUUUGUUUUAUUUGACCGUUAAUUUAUUGCUUUUCUUUGAGGUUGGACGGGGAAGACGCCUUUAUUUCCGGGUUCCCAGAGCAAACGCGAGAAAUAGAUUAAUGUGCUUAAUUUGAUAUGGUAAUAGCAUUGCAAAUGAUCGAAGAGAAAAGAGAAAAGCAUCUUUCCAAAAGUUUUAGAGAAGAAAAUGUGACUAUGAGAAAAACUUCUAUUUAUGUAAUACCAAUCCCAAUCUAGAAAGCAACAGUGACAGUAGAUUGCAGCUAAAUAUUGAAAUAAAACACAAUACCUGUAUUACAAUUUAGAGCAUUAUAAACUCAUAUUAGACUUUUACAAUAAACCACUGUUUUGUGUGCAAACUAGUGAUUGCAAGUAUCUGAAGAACUUGAAGAAGCGAAUGUAUCUAAGUGUUCAUCUCCCAACAAAUGACAAUGCUAAAUCAUUGAAA